CACGGUAACGAAUGCGUACGUCACACACGGAGAUUAGCGGAGUUCAUUGAAGGCUUCGAUAUGACAGCUAGAGAUUAUCGCACCAUUUAAGUCAACGCGGAAUGUUGUAGAAACUUUAGACGGGUGUAUCGCUAACAAAACAAGCGUUCCCCGCCUCACCGCACGCGUUUAAUCACCAAAUUCCAAUUUAAUGGAGGAGAAUGGAGGUAAGAGAAUGAGGGGCAGAACUCGUGGCCGCGGUCGUGGACGUGCACGAGGUCGGGCUAGAGGAAAGUCUAAGAAGCAGGUUAAGGUUAUUGAAAGCGAUGAUGAAGAUACACCUCAGCAAACAGAUGAUACUCCUACCGAGACGGCUGGCAGUGAGCAAGAGGAACAUGAACCUCCUGCGACUCAGCAACCUUCUCUCGAGCAGCAGUUCGAUCUGGAAGCCGACAUAUCGCAACUGGAAGCACCGACUUUCACGACCAUCAACCGAGGUCCACCAGAACCGAUGCUGCGUUUGAGAUGGGACCAUCGAGUGAAUCUUAUAGGAGAGAAAGUACUGAAUCCUAUGAUACACUGCUGUGACAAGUGUCUGAAGCCAAUCCUCAUAUAUGGUCGUAUGAUACCUUGUAAACAUGUAUUUUGUUUAUCAUGUGCUAAAAGGGAAGACAAAGUUUGUCCUCGUUGUAUGGAGAAAGUAUCCAGAGUGGAACAAACUGGUCUAGGCACUGUAUUCAUGUGUACACAUGGUGGGACAAGAUAUGGUAAUGCAGGAUGUAGGAGAACAUAUCUCAGCCAACGAGAUCUACAAGCUCACAUUAAUCAUCGGCACAUAUCGGCGCCAUCCCAACCAGUUCAAGGGAUACAAGUCGAUCCUCCGCAAUACGUGCAUUCCAAGUCGGAAAUAGAAUCGCAAUUGACGAAAGUAUCCUCUGUGCCGAUGCAAAAUACGCGACUCAAAUCCGUGCAAUCUCACAUGGUUCAACCGAUCAUGGGUAAUGAUCCUCGCGUCAACUCGUUGGUGAGUCAACAACCAACGUUGGAGCAACAUCGGCAACAGCACAGACAGCAACAGCAGCAACAGCAGGCAAUAAUGUCGAUGCAAAGCUACGCGCAGAACAGCGCGCCGCCUCCUCCACCCCCAAAUAACGCCCCGAUGCGAACUAAUCUAAUUACCGUGCCGAUUCAGGAUACGGCAUCUUUAGCCACGCAUGAUCUUCACGGACAACAAAGUCAUCAUUAUUAUCCGCCACCGCCACCGCCGCCGCCACCACCGCCGCAAGUGAAUUAUGGCUACAAUGUGCCGCCGCCGGUGUCGCAAACGCAACAGUACUAUCCGCAACCGCAGCAUCCGACUCAGGUGUCUUAUGUGCCACCACCGCCACCGCCGCAACAGCAACAAUAUGUGUCAUCGGCGGCAACCUCCAUAAGACCAUCGCCCACUGGUUAUAUACAGGAACCUCAAUACGGUCCGCCUCCGUCUCAGCAACAACCGCCACCUCCACCGCAGCCACAAUGGUCGCAACAUCAACAGCAAUUUUAUAGAUAAAGGAGAAAAAGGCUUUCAUAUGGAAUGUUAUACAGUGUUGAAAUGAUGAUGACGUGUGAGUAUUAAAUUAUAAAAAUGACAGAUACUAUAUAUCUAUAUACAUAUAUAUUGUACAGGAUGGAUGCGAUAUCAAUAAGAACUUUCUAAGUGUUCUUUGCGAGAUUUUCUACUUUUAAAGAUUUUUAAGAUAAUAUACAAUUAGUUUAAAGAAAUAGAAUACUUUCAUAUGACACAAGCUUUAUAAUAAGUUAUUUUAAUUCCGCAAUAAAAUUGAUUUAUUUUCUAUUAUGACUCCUUUAAUUUCUCAACAUUUGACUAAUAAAAUUAGCAUUGGUUAUUAUGCUUUAUCAUAUUACUGGUACUCUACUAUGCAAAAAAUGCAAUUAAUAUAUUCAUCAUUUUAAGAAUAUUAUUGAAAUGUUUUUAUGAUAUAAUUAUUGAAAUGUUUUUAUGAUAUAAUUAUUGAAAUGUUUUUAUGAUAUAAUUGUACUAAUGCAAAACGUUAAUAGUGAAAUUAUUAUAUAUUUUUUGAUAAGAGCUAUGCAAAUCUUUUUGAAAUGUUUUUAGAACACUCAAGAAUUCAGAAUAUAUUUAUAGAUUAUUCAGACUUUUCCAAAUCUUUCUAUAAAAUUUUCUUUUCAAUCAUAUCAGUUGUAAUAUAUAUUAUGUGGUAAUGAAAUUAAAGAUAUUUCGUCGGUAGAAUUUAAUAUUGUACAGAUUGUAAUGGUUGUAACUUAUGUACAAAACUACUGAUAUACAUACAACAUGUACAUGUAAUAAUAAUAAUUAUUACAUUAUAUUCUUAAAACAUGCCUCAUGUCAAUUCAACAAGAAUUCGUCAGUCAUUCAAUUAAUUUUGACCUUCCAUUUUCUAGCAUACUCACAAUAAUAAAUAUUAAUUGACUAAAUACUUGUAAUAAAAGUACUUAAAAGAUUUGCCGAGGAUGCUGCAUAUGAAUAGAAGAUCAAAAUUGUUCAGAAUACAUUCAUACGUAGAGAAUUUUAUCACGCUAUACAUAAAAAUAGUUCUUAAUUUCAUUUCAUAUGUAUAUAUCGCUACAUAUAUAAUCACUGCCCCUUUUUAAUAUCUUGUUCCCUUUACGUUUACAUCAAUCUUUAUUAUAUUUACAAAUUCGACUGUGAAAUUGUGGUUUUUAUAUACAACAUCUCUUAUUAUUCGUUAUAAUUAUUACUAUUUAAACUAUUUUUCCCACACACACUUCCACUUACGGAGUAUUUGAUAAUAAUCACUCCAUCCGUGGUAAUGUGCAGAUAGAGCGGGUUAAAUUUAGUAAGAAAGUCCACUACCGUUUUGCAAUCUUUACAAUAAUUAAUAAGAAAUUAAUUGAAAAAGAUUUACCAAUUCGUGCGAAUAUUAGCGCGCGGAAUGGAGCUAUCCUUUCUCGCGCGGCAAGAAAGGAUGGCCCCCCAUUAAUAUGUGGUUAAUAGAGUAAAAGAAUCCGUUAUAUAAUCGUUGUCAUUUGUAGGGCGCUCCUGCAAAAACUUCGUCACGCAUUUAACAAUUGCAUACUUUUUUUGGAUUGUCUCUUCGCGUGGUGCGCUUAUAUUCACGCGAAUUGGUCGAUCUUUUUAAAUUACUUUCUCAUUAAUUAUUGCGAAGAUCGCUAAACGGUAGAAAACUUUUUCUACUCGGUUUAACCUGCUCUACUUGCAUAUUAUGGAGGGGCGAUUAUUAUCAGACACCCUGUAUAUAUCACGUAUAUAUAUAUAUAUAUAUAUAUAAUAUAUAUAUACGUGAAUGUAUCUAUGAAUGAAUGAAAAAUGUGUUAUGCAUUUUAUAUAAUAUUAAAUACAUUUUUAUAGAAAAUAAGCAACCUUAAAUAAAAUGUGAAGUUAUGUUAUUAAAAUUGAAAUUUCAUGCUACAUAAUUUCAUCUAGAAACUUUAAUAAAAAAGGCUUUAAAUUAUAAAGAAUAAAUGUUAAAAAAUGAAUAUAAGUUAUAGUAGAUUAUAAUACUUUAGAAGUAUUAUUAUU